AAGAAUUAAGUAAACAGUGGGUGCUACAUUAACGGUGCUUUGAUGGGUGCGGUGAUACUUUUUCCUUCCUAAUGGAGCAAUCUUCAUUGUUGUGUGCAUACCUUUUUCUUGAGAGAUCCCUAUGCUUUACUGUUAAUUAAAUUCCAAAAGUGUGGAGGCCCAUAUUUUUACCUCCUCAUGCUGCUUUCUUCCUUUGUCUUCUCCUCGUUAUUUUCAGCGCAAAAAGUCCUCAAGCACUCUCCCCUACAUCCUCUGUUCUCAGAACAGGACAACACCAUCCCUCCAAAACCCACCAGCCUUUUCAUUAUUCUAUGCCUUGUGGUGACCUGUAUUUCAUGUGCUUUUCCUAAUUUUUGUCCUUCUUUAUUCAUUUUUCUUUAAUCCUUCCACAUAGUCCCUUGUCCUUCCUCCUUUUGAUAUAUGUUCUGUCUUUGUUUGAGUUUAGGCCUGAGAGAGAAACUUGAGUGCUUGCAGCAGCCUUGUAGGUGUUUGAUUGUUGAAUCAUGAGAAAGAGAGAAAGAAGAGAGUUCUUAAAAGAAGGAAAAGGGGUGUUUGGAAUGAAGUUUGAUCCAAGAUCCUUGUCUCUCCCCUUUAUCUCUCUUCUAACCUUUUGCAUGUAUUAUAAGAAUUUUGGGCAGUGAUUAUCAAUCUCAUCCUUCUUAGUUUGACUGUUACAUGAAAGAAAAAGAGAAAGAGAUAUCUUGGGGAUGGGAAGGGGGUGUUUGGAAUGAAGCCUGAUCCAAGAUCCUUUGCUUGUUUUUUCAUUUAUUAUCACCCUGUGUAUCUGUGUGUUCGUGCACGCAUGCGUGUGUCAUGAGAAAAGGAGAGGAUGGAAAUAUCUUCCAUGAAGAAGAAAAGGGGUGUAUGGAAUGAGGUUUGAUCCAAGAUCCCUUCAUCUCUUCUUCCUUCUCCAUUUAGGUUAUGGACGGAUCUCGGACCAGGCUUCAUUCCUCACACCUUGCUUUUCCUUGCUUCGACACACAUGGUUACUUGAUCAAGGCAAGCUCCCAUAUUCUUAACCAGGUUUGACAGGAACUCUAUAAUCUUUGUUUCCAUAGUCUCUCAUGAAUAUAAAUAUUUCUGCAUAAAUAUUUUCCAGGAUCUAUAUACACUUAUAUAUGUGUGUGUGUGUGUGUAAAUAAUAAAGGUUUCAGAGAAGAGGAUUUUUGUUUCCUCCUAGUGCUAUAGCAGAUUCUCCGACAAAGGUAACGAGACAUGUUCUUAUCUUGGCUGCUUUAUACACUUUAUCAUCUCCAUAUAUUGUUUGUAAGUCUAAAUGUUGAUGAUUUUUCAUCCUAGAUACUACUGUGAUCAUACAAACCAUUUUUGUUUCUCAUUGAUCAAUUCAGCAUCAAAAUCAAUAUCUAUCCGAGGU